UGGUCACUGUUGAGCUGCCAAAGUGGAGCCGCGCGUAUCACGGAUCGGGGCGCUCCUGCAGGGUCUAGGAUGCGCGCCCGGAACAUCCCGAUUCUUACCCGGGUUCGGGGCUGAGCAGGAGUCCACUGGCCCAGCAGGGCGCAGAGAGGGGGGGAGAAGGACGCAGUCGACCCGCACCAGGAUGCCCGUGAUGAGGGGUCUGCUGGCCCCGCAGAACACCUUCCUCGACACCAUCGCCACCCGUUUCGAUGGCACCCACAGUAACUUUGUGCUAGGGAAUGCACAGGUCCAGUCUCUCUACCCCAUUGUGUACUGUUCCGAUGGCUUCUGUGAACUCACUGGCUAUGCCCGGGCGGAACUGAUGCAGAAGAGCUGUGCAUGUCAUUUCCUGUAUGGACCGGAGACCAGUGACAGGCUGAUGGCACAGAUCCAGGGCGCACUGGACGAAAGGCGGGAGUUCAAGACAGAACUGGUCUUCUACAAAAAAGGAGGAACUCAGUUCUGGUGUCUUCUGGAUAUCGUGCCCAUUAAGAAUGAAAAAGGAGAGGUGGUGCUCUUUCUAGUAUCACACAAGGACAUCACAGACAACAAGAAAGUGCAAGAUGAAGAACAGAGCCCAGAACGAGAUGAGGAGACGGGGUUGGAGGUGCAUAAGGUCACACGGCCUCCGGGCUUCAAUGCCAACCGGCGGCGCAGUAGAGCUGUGCUAUACCAACUGUCUGGACAUCUCCAGAAACAAGACAAGAGCAAACUCAAGAUCAACAAUAACAUGUUUGGUGAGAAGCCACCCAUCCCAGAGUACAAAGUGGCAGCCAUUCAGAAGAGCCGAUUCAUUCUCCUCCAUUAUGGCACCUUCAAAGCUGGCUGGGAUUGGCUGAUACUGUUAGCCACCUUUUAUGUAGCAGUUACUGUGCCCUACAAUGUCUGUUUCACUGUCGUUGGUGGGCGAGAUGAGAUGUUGAUACCUAGAAAUCCACCGAGUGUGAGCGACAUCCUGGUGGAAAUCCUUUUUAUGUUAGACAUUGUGCUAAACUUUCGCACCACAUUUGUGAGCACAUCAGGCCAGGUGGUAUAUGAUGCGCGAUCUAUCUGCGUGCACUACGUCACCACCUGGCUCUUUGUGGACCUGAUUGCUGCACUACCUUUCGACCUGUUGUACGCCUUCAAUGUUAGUGUGUACUUUGGGGUUCAUCUGCUGAAGACGGUUCGAUUGCUAAGGCUUCUGCGCUUGCUGCAAAAGCUGGAACGCUACUCCCAAUACAGUGCAGUGGUACUCACCUUGCUCAUGUCUAUGUUCGCCUUGCUGGCACACUGGAUGGCCUGCGUCUGGUACAUCAUCGGUCGCAGCGAGAUUGAGAACAACAGCCCUGGUUCCUGGGACAUUGGCUGGCUACAUGAGUUGGGUAAACGUCUUGGCACACCCUACUUCCUGUCCCCUCUUGCCUCCCUUAUUCCUGAUUCACUGCGCCCCACCAUCUUAGAUAGAUUGGUGGCCAAUUCAAGCCAGUGGAAUGCCACUGAUCAGGUGGGACGUGACUCUGUGUGGAACUCGAGCCAGUGGAACGCGACAGCAACGGGGCUAGUGGGCUCUGCAAGUGCAGGACAGGCUGGAGCGGUACUGGGAGGUGGGCCCUCAAUUCGGAGUUCGUAUGUGACAUCGCUGUACUUUGCUUUAAGCAGUCUGACCAGCGUGGGCUUUGGCAAUGUCUCGGCAAAUACUGACUCGGAAAAGAUCUUUUCUAUCUGCACUAUGCUGAUUGGAGCACUCAUGCAUGCUGCGGUCUUUGGAAACGUGACGGCCAUCAUCCAGCGUAUGUAUUCGCGCCGCUCGCUCUAUCACACACGCACAAAAGACCUCAAGGACUUCAUCCGCGUACAUCGACUGCCCAAGGCCCUUGCACAACGCAUGCUGGAGUGUUUUCAGACAACAUGGUCCGUCAACAAUGGCAUCGAUGUCAGCGAGCUCCUGAAGGACUUCCCAGAUGAAUUGCGGGCUGACAUUGCCAUGCACCUAAAUAAAGAACUCCUGCAGCUGCCUCUGUUUGAAUCGGCCAGUCGCGGGUGUCUGCGGUCCCUGUCCCUCAUCAUCAAAACCUCUUUCUGUGCUCCAGGAGAGUUCCUCAUUCGCCAGGGUGACGCUCUGCAGGCCAUCUACUUUGUCUGCUCGGGCUCCAUGGAAGUGCUCAAGGACAACACUGUGCUGGCUAUAUUAGGAAAGGGGGACCUGAUCGGAUCGGACUCGCUGACAAAAGAGCAAGUGAUAAAGACCAAUGCAAAUGUGAAAGCGCUGACAUACUGCGACCUACAGUACAUCAGCCUGAAGGGACUACGAGAAGUGUUGCGCCUCUAUCCUGAAUACGCCCAGAAAUUUGUCAGCGAAAUUCAGCACGACCUCACCUACAACCUGCGGGAGGGCAGCGGACCUGAUCUGGACUGGGAAAGCAAUGGUGGUCUGGUGAAAAAACUUCCCUCCAUCCGUGAGGAUGAGGAGAAUGAUGAAGAACAGCACUCUGUAUCAAGGGUCUCACGUUCCCCUCUGCGCCUGACCCGGGCCCUCAGCUCCCCUCUGCGAUCACCUUUCCUCCCCCCACGCCCCUUCCGCCCUCCAACAGACCACACGAGACCUGCCACCCUCCAGAUCCCUGUGGUUAGUUUCAGUAGCGUCCCUCCAGAACUCAGCCCCAGAUUUGUGGACGGCAUAGAGACAGAAAGCAGUUCUAGCUCAACACAAAAGUUUGAGUUUGGUGCCAGCCUACCUCAGAGUGGCCCUCCGUCCCCUUCUCCAGUGAACCAGGAACAGCUGGAGACCAAACAGAGCAUCACCAAACUGAGUAAAGAGAUGACUAGUCUCUCCCAGCAAGUGUCUCAGCUGAGCAAAGAACUACAGGAAAUGACACGUCUCCUCCGGCCCUUGCUCAUCAUAGGAUCGCAACCCCUCCUGACAGUCCUUAGUCCAACAAUGCCAAUGUCUCCCAGCAAUAGCAGUGCUCCAACAAUAUCCAUGCCACCAGCUUCUUCCCCAACAGCUCCACAGUCCUCGCUGCUCAGGCCUACUUGCUCCCUAUUGGAAAGCGCAGACACUGGGGGCAUUGCCUUCCCAAGUGGUCUUAUACCCACCAGUCCACCGCUGACACCCCGAGCACAGGCUCAGGUGUCUCUGGUAGACUGUACAAGGGGACCUUCUCUGCCAACCCUGCUAACUCCAGUGGCAGCCAAAACAGAGGGGCCAGGGCCAUCUAGCCAAAGUUAUGACCAGGCAGCCAAGGACCAGAUACCGCAAGCCACCCAUCCCUCUCUCACCUUUUCUUUCUCACUCCCUUCUUUCCGACCGCAGUCUCCUUCCUGCCCUCCCUGCCAGGGGCCUCACCUUUCCCGACCUGCCAGUCACAGCAGAGGUUUGCUAACUCCAUCCCCCUCACAAGACAACCCAAUUCAGCCACCCUCUCAUUGCUCGGCACCUCCCUCGUUCAAUAACUCCCCUGGCGACCACAGGCUGGGGAUCACCCCCUUUCCCCCCUCCUCCUCCUCAUCUGCUCCUCUGAUCCAGCCGCGGUCAUGCACUCCACCCUCCUGCCCACACACCUCCCUGCCCUUGCCCUGCUCCCUGGACUCACUGCCAGAAAGCCAGGUCACUUUGGGCACUUCAUGGCCCCAGCAGAUCCCUAGGACUGGACCUCCUCAGGUAGAGUUUGAGAUGCAAGAGUGGGCAGUGGGAGGGAGGCCUUCCACAGAUAAUAUCAGCUUCAUAGAUGAAGAGGGACCACCACUGUGAGAGAUAGAGAGACUGAGGGAAAGAUGGAUACUUAUAAUAGCAAAUGAGGACAGGAGAGUGGAGAAUUGGGCUGACUGCAAUGACCCCAACACACACACAUCCUGAGAUAAGGGACAAAACUGAAUGCCGUUCCUUCAGGAUAACAGACUGUAGUUCUGUUCCAAACUGUAGUGAGCUGCCUACAUAGACAAAAUUUUUAGGCAUCAUACAUAUCAUAGGCUAUCAGAAAAAGUAUGCUACCUUAGGGGCGGGUCACAUCAAACAUGUUUUUGUGUCCAUCUGCACUGUUUUUCUUUUGUUUUACUCUGUAAACCCGCGCUAGACAGAUGUCUUUGACUGCUGUGCCAGAUCUUGCUGUAUUUUCAUUGACUUGAGCAGGAAUGCCGCGAUUUCUAUGCGGCAUUUCGGGUUAAAAAGAAUGUGUGACAGUGAAAAGCAUAGAGCCAGGCAACUCAUUAGGGUUUGGAACAGAGCCACUGUUGCUCAUCACUUCAGUACCUAAUAAUAGCCAGUCAAUCUUAUCUGAGCACAACUUUAAGAAGUAUCUCUUCUAAAGGGCCUUCACAGGCACUGUAAUCAGCACAGUGCAUGGCAACCUUAACAGUAAGGAUCCCACUCCAGUCUUAAAAACCUUGCUUUGAGAAUUUCACAUAACAAAAGUGGGAGUUCACUGAGUAGAGUGCAUGGCUUUGCAUUGGUCAUGUACACACCAGAAAACAAGAAUGGUCAGGUGGUUUUUGUUUCAUGCAGCUCUGUAUUACCAAAACAGUCUUUUUACUAGAUGAAUCAGAUAUCUUCUGAAACUAAUUCAUAUUUGAAUUUCCAGGCUUGGUAUAUUAAUGAAGCUGUCACACCACAUUAUCUUUAACACUCCGCACUUGAUUUGUUUGCUCCAGACCGUCCAAGGUCAGUCUACACAUACAAUGGUUAGAUCCAUGAGUCAAAAUGGGGAUGUAGGACCUUGUGAAAUGCCUGUCCUCCUCUUCUGGCUUAUCCAAUUUGGCCAGUUUAGGGAUUUUUUCAUUAUAUUUAGUAAAAACACAAAUUAUUUAGAGCAAGCUGAUGGGGUACUUUUAACGUCACAAUAACACACACAUAUAGUUGUGGCCAAAAAUAUUGGCACCCUUGUUAAAUAUGAGCAAAGAAGGCUGUGAAAAAUAUGUCUUUAUUGUUUAUCCUUUUGAUCUUUCAUUCAAAAUAUUCACAAACAUCUAUCCUCUAAUGGAUAUCAAACAAUUGCAAACAGAACGCAAAAAAAUAUAUUUUUGUCAAAUAUAUGUGUGGCACAAUUAUUGGCACCCUUUCAUUCAAUACUUUGUGCAACCUCCCUUUUCCAAGAUAACAGCUCUGAGUCUUCUCCUUUAAUGCCUAAUGAGGUUGGAGAACACAUGGCAAGGGAUCUGAGACCAUUUCUAUAGAAUCUCUCCAAAUCCUUCUAAUUCUGAGGUUCACACUGGUUGACUCUCUUCAGUUAACCCCACAGGUUUUAUAUGAGGUUCAGGUCAGAGGACUGGGAUGGCCAUGGCAGAACCUUGAUUUUGUGGUCAGUGAACCAUUUUUCUGUUGAUUUUGAUGUUUGUUUGGGAUCAUUGUCCUGCUGGAAGAUCCAGCCAGGGUCCAUUUUAAGCUUUCAGAGGCAGUCAGGUUUUGAUUUUUUAUCUGUUGGUAUUUGAGAGUCCAUGACAUCCAGGAUCUCUGGCAUAAAAACAGCCCCACAACAUUAAAGAUCCACCACCAUAUUUAACUGUGUGCAUGAGGUACUUUUCCAUAUGGCUGCCUCUCUGUGCACGCCAAACCCAUCUCUGGUGUUUACUGCCAAAAAACUCUAUUUUGUUUUAAUCUGACCAUAGAACCCAGUCCCACUCGAAGUUCCAGUAGUGUCUGGACCCAACUAAUUUCUGCAAUUCUCCAGCUGUGAUCCUUGGAGAAUUUUUGGCCACUCAAACCAUCCUCCUCACCAUGCAUGGAGACAAUAUAGAAACACAUCCUCUUCCAGGCCGAUUCUUAACAUCUCCAGUUGAUUGAACUUCUUAAUUAUUGCCCUGAUGGUGGCAAUGGGUAUUUUCAAUGCUUUAGCUAUUUUCUUAUAGCCACUUCCCAUUUUGUGAAGCUCAACAACCUUUUGCUGCACAUCACAACUUUAUUCUUUGGUCUUACCCAUUGUGAUGAAUGGCUAAAGGAAUUUGGCCUAUGUGUUACCUCAUAUGUGAAAAAUUAAGUCAUGGCUGAACAAUUUCAUGUUCCUAGUCACCCAGGUGUACUAAAAAAAAAUGUACACUUCAGAUAUACAGUAUUUUACUCGUAAGAAUUUCAAGCGGUCCCAAUAAUUGUAGCAAACAUGUUUUGGAGAAAAAUAUUUGCUUACGGUCACCAAUGUGUCGCCACAAAAGUAAAAUAAAACUUGUUAAAUUUCUGAUGGUAAAUUUUCCACUGCGGUAAUAGUUUUUCAAAGGCAGUCAAUGAGUUGUUGUAUGAUCUUGAUGCAAACUCGCUAAUGUCAAAAAAGCAGUGUCAAAAUAUCAUUCAUGUAUUGUGAUUUAAACCAUGUAUCAUCAUCUGACUGUAUUUUUUUUUUACCAUUUUUAUUUACUAUUGGUGAGUGUUAAUUCUGGACCCUGCACACAAUCAUGCGUGAAUCAACACUCUAGCAUGUAGUAGCCUCAUAAAUUAUCUUCUGUUGUCCAGGUUGCUCUUCUCCCCUUUCAAAGAAAACAUAACAGACAUAACUCAGGACAAUCAACAGAACACAACUAAUAGGAGUGUAACAAACAGUCCUAAGGUCAAAAGGGUCAAACCAUCAUAACAUGCAGAACAGUUAUCAGAAUUAAAACAUCAGUGGUGAUGUGCAGUUAGUGGUCAGUUGGGACUAUGAAGGGUGGGUUGGCAUGCUAUAUGUUGGGCAGCCACCUUAUAAACAGCCCAAGACGUUUGCAUAGAACAAAAACAAACACAUACACACCUCUUUAGCCAUCCUGUGUGCCUUUUCAUAAAACAUAUGAAAAAAUCAUAUAGCUCUCCCCAUUUUUCAGCAUUCACAAUACUUAUCAAAAGCUGUGGGUUAUAUCACAGUAGAGAGCACUGCACUUUUAUUUCACUAUUUAUUUAUUUAAUGAUGUUAUUUAUAUAUUUAUCUAUCUUCAAUCCUAAUAAGAACACUCUCAUGAGGAACCUCGCAGACAUUUCUUGCAGCUGGUGUGCAAGAAGGCAAUCACCCUAGCAUCUCUGAUAUCCAAUGACCAGCAACAGUUUUCUGAGUGGCCAAAAUUAAGCAACCAUCAUCACCUCUUUCUACUAAUGUUUGAUGUUGCCACAUUUGGCAUAUCACUUGGAACCUGAAUGACAUCAUCUUGGUUUAUCGGUUUGCUGAGUUCCAUCCAGACUCAUGGCAUGGGCGCACGGUCAUGAGAAGGGGCACAUUGUAACACAAUAGCAUACUUUGGUUUCUAUUUUCUUUACCUAGAACAUAGGUCAGGGGGUCUGAAUGUGGAUAGUAGGGUCUUUGGGGUAUGCAUGUCCAAAUAAUUUGCAUGAGGAAUGUGCCUGCAUAUAUGCGGGAGGGAUUUGGGUUGGGUGGGGGGUGCUGCACAACCCAGGGCAAAUGGGGUCCAGAUGUAUUUUAUUAACUGUAAUGAGCUUUAUGAGAGACACUUACCAGGAUAAUAAAACAAAAAAGGUGAUGUUUUAUAAGAAUACAGACUUCUGUGCUCAUUUUACAACUACCACUGCCUCAGUCUCUUUAAAUGAAUUCAAGAAAUACACGUUUCACCUUAUUUUCAUCACUGUAUUCACAGCUGUUCUGCCUGAAAGUAUGGUAAAUUUCAUAAUGUAAUGAUUCUGUGUGAAUGGUUAAAGUGAAUCUAAGACCAACACUGUGAAAGUUAUUAAUGUUCAAACGCAACACUGAAGCCUUUGUACCUGAAAGGCUGAAACACUCCACGCAAGUGCAUGAUCGCAAACGCUUCAAACUACGCAAGCUUAAAGGUAUAUUCUGGGUUCAGUACAAGUUAAGCUCAAUUGACAGCAUUUGUGGCAUGAUGUUGACUACCAUAAAAAAAUAAUUUAGACUUGUCCUUUUCUUUCAAAAAAGCAAAAAUCGAGGUUACAGUGUGGCACUUACAAUGGAAGUGAAUGGGGCUAAUUUUUGGAGGGUUUAAAGGCAGAAAUGUGAAUUUUAUAAAACAUUAAUUCUUCUGUUAAAACUCAUGUAAUAUUUGAGCUGUAAAGUUAUUUAAAUCUUCAUUUCUUAAGUCACAUUAGGGUUCGUUGACAUUACAUCGUCAUGGCAACGAAGUUGUAAAAUUGGCUAUAACUUUACACAGAAAAUGUUAGUAAGUAAAAUGUAUUAUAUAAGGUUUACACGCAUAUUAUUUAUGUCUUGUGGCUAUACUUUUGAAAUAGUAUUUUAACGUUUACUGAUUGACCCAAUUCACUUCCAUUAUAAGUGCCU